UGUGCAAUGGGUAAUGGGUGUGUCUGUGCAUGUAGUUGGGUGUGGGUGAGUGUACCUUAGCUCUCUAUAUAAAGCCAGCUGUGUUGAACCGUUGCUGCAAUCAGAGAUUCUCUCCACUCAGCGACAUUCCAAAGAAACUUUGUUGAAGCCAAACAUGUAUUUGCGUUUGUGUGUCCUGCUUUUGGCCGUGUCGCCCCUCAUAUCUGCUGACCUCCUUGACUCCGAACACUUGCGCCAAUUCGUCCUUCAAUUCCAUAAUGAUCUCAGGGCAAAAGAAGGAGCCUCCGAUAUGAUUAAACUGGCUUGGAGCAAACAACUAGCAACAGAAGCCAAUAAAUGGGCUCAUAAGUGUAUGUUUGAUCAUCAAAGGAAGGGCCGAGGUGAGAACCUUGCCUUUGACAGUAACGCAGGCACUAUUAAGGACCUCAUCCGGUCUGAAAUGCAAGGUUGGUUCGAUGAAAAGAGAGAUUUCUACCGAAGCGCUUCUUCGUGUGGCAGCAGUUGUCACUAUACUCAGAUGGUGUGGGCCAACACAACACACGUCGGCUGUUCAGCUAUUAAUUGUCCCAGUUUACAGGCUUUUGGCCGUUCAGUGAGCAAUGCUAAAUAUUUGGUCUGCUUCUACUAUCCCAGAGGAAACAUUGGCAAUAAUAUAUACACACCUGGCAGAGCCUGCUCCAAAUGUCCGGCGAACUUUGGUAGAUGUUCCAAGGGAUUAUGUAACGGAGGACAUUCAGGUGACGUAGCAGCCAUGGAUCCUUGUCCUGACCUUAACAAGAACUGCAAAAUGUGGGCAGAUAUGGGAGAAUGCAACAACAACCCAAAUUAUAUGAGAACGAACUGCAGGAAAUCCUGUAGAUCUUGCUGAAACAGAAGCGACAUUGACGGUCUUUGGUUAGGAAAGAAGAAUCUAAGCCCUUCACUCGCAGAGUAGAUUUUUUUAAAUUUGUAACACUGGUUGCAAAUACUUAGCCAAAGGAAAUCUUCUGUAAGAUGUUAAUAAACAAUCGUCUAAUUGGACACUGAAUACUAA